AUGUCCGAAAAACAACCUUCAUCAAACUCUUCAAACAACAAUAACACAAAGCAUGAUAGUAAUAAUAGUAAUAAUAAUAACGACAAUGGAAUGACCAAUAAGAUUGGACAUAAACAAUUCAUCUUGGAAAAACCCAUCGAUACAAUAUUUACAACAAGUAAUUCUUCAUCAAGAAGUUUCAUAACACCACUAACACCAGAACAACAGGAAAGGUUGAAAAUGAUCGAUCCAAAGCAGGCUAUGAUGUUGUAUUUUGUUACAAGUACAUUCUUUUCACGUCUGUUUGCUCAUCCAUUGGACAGAAUUUCAACCAUUCUCCGAACACAACAUGUUCUUCCAAAUGCGUAUGGUACAAGCUUUUAUACAAAUUUGCCAACAGCAGUAUCUUCAUCAUUGGUACAACCACAGCAACAGGCUCCUUUUAGAGGUGCCAUUGAUGCUUUGAAAAAACUUCCAAAGGAUAGAACAUUGUGGAGAGGAUUGGCUCCCGAUGUUUAUGGUCGCUUAUGUGCAAAAGUAGUGGAAUUACAAUUUGCAGAUGAAAUUAACAACUUUAUUCAACCUUGGAUGGGAACUCUUGUAGAACAAGAUCCAAACGAUCCAAGAAAGAAACUUUUAAAUACAAAGGUGUUGGCUACCUCUGUAAUAUCUGGUGCUGUUGCAUCCUUCCUUAUUUCUUAUCCAUUCAGUGUUGUUUCAACAAGAAUGCAAUCCAAUUUAAUUCCACUCCAUGAAGUGAAAUAUAAUAUGGAUUGGCAAAUGGUGAACAAGACCAACUUUUCCAAUGUAUGGCAAUCAUUUAAAUCAAUCUAUCAAUUUGAAGGAAUAAGAGGAUUCUAUACUGGUUUAUCAGCUGCUGUAUCUGGUCUUGCUGUUUAUAGAGGCAUCUAUUUUGCCUUAUUCGAUUCAUUGAGACGAUUGGGAAUGAGUGACAAUUAUUCAUUGAGUGAGAAAUUCUUAUAUAGUCAAGGUUGUAUAUUCACUGCUGGUCUCAGUGCUUAUCCUUUCCGUCUCAUUGGUGAUCGAUUGAAAGCUCAAGCUGUCUUUAGAAAAUUAUACACGGAGGAGGAAACUCAGCUAUUCUAUAGAGGAACUUUGGAUGCCAUGAAAAAGAUUUACCAACAAGAGGGAAUUAGAGGAUAUUACAGAGGAUUUGUUUUUUCAUUGGGCACAAGUUAUGCAGGUGCCAUCUUACUAAGCAUGUUUGUUGCCCUUGGAUCGAGACAAUUUUAA